AACCAAAAAAAAAAAAAAAAAAAAAUUGUCAAGUUGGUGCGUUUAGAAAACAAACCGGUAAGGAAAGACGUUUCCGUUUUUCUCUUCUCUCCAGACUUGAAGAAAUAAUAACAACAACAACAAUAAAAAAAAAGUCGUUUUUUACUUUGGAAUUAACCAAACAGAAACUGAAAAGGAAAAUCACAGCGUGUUUUUUUUUUUUUUUGGGGAUACACGUACGCGACAUCUACAGGUUUGAACACCUCAAAACAAAGCGAGAUGGAGCUGGUCACAGAUCAAAGAAGCAACGGGAUCGCAUCGUAACGUUAUUGUCUUUGUUUUUCUUACAAUAAAACGUGUUUUUUUUAGUUGAGAGGGGACGGUUUAUAGCUUAUUAGUAGCGUAUGUGUUUAAAACUAUCCAGAUAUCGUUGUCCGUUGUGUUAUUUUUGAUAUAGUCCUUUGUUUCACAUUUUUACGAUAGGGAAAAUAACCCAAACAGCAGCGUCCUUUCACUGUGUGUUUAGGGUAUAUAUAUAUAUAUAUAUAUAUAUAUAUAUAUAUAUAUAUAUAUAUAUAUAUAUAUAUAUAUUUAAAACUUAAAUUACAGUCGGACGUGUAGGCACAUGAAGUUAAACUGUCUGAUUUGUGCUGUUUUAGACCAUUUCUUUUUUAAAACGGUAUUAUCGCCUUGUUUUUAAAUUAUUACACUUUUCUGUAUAUAAUUAAUAUGUAAUUGUAUUAUUGUUUUUUUUAACAUUGUUAUUAUUUCAAUAUACAUAAACUUUGGGAUUCCAUAAUAUUUUGUAAUAAUAAUAAUAAUAAUAAUAAUAAUUAAUAUGUAAUUGUAUUAUUGUUUUUUUUUUAACAUUGUUAUUUCAAUAUACAUAAACUUUGGGAUUCCAUAAUAUUUUGUUAUAAUAAUAAUAAUAAUAAUAAUAAUAAUAAUAAUAAUAAUAAUAAUAAUACAAAUCCAAUGGAUCGUUUGGGAAGCAAACUUCUGGAGAAAUUAAAACUGACCGACUCGGGCAGCGUUAAAUUAAAUCGAAAUAAAGACGGCUCCUGCAAUAACGCGCACAACACGGCCAACCCCAAAACAAAACGGGGGUCGCCUCAGGAGAAACUGUCCGGCUUAAACCGGGGGACAGCCGGGGUGUAUCAGCAGCUCGCACAGGGGAGCGUUCAGCCGGCCACUGGGGCUUCACUUGAGUUCUGCCCGGGAGGUGGUUCUGCCGGUCUCCGGUGCUCUCUGAGGCGUCCUCCGCUGCACCGAGACUGCACCGCGGGUGUGGAUGCUAACACAGCGGAGUACACAACCGCUGAACGCGGUCCCGGGACGCUCUUUGACUCCCCCAGACUCUACUCGGCGGAUGCUCGACACGGCGCCGGCUUGCAGCUAGCGGACUGUAAUAUAGGCACAGAUGUCGGUGCCCAGGACAGCGAAUUCAACCGGACCAGCAGCGGCAACGGUAGCCGCCGUUACUCGCUGGAAAUUCAACAGCAACUGAUUCAGCAGCAGCACUUCCCGGGGUUUAAUCAGCGUUUUAGCGGAAGCGAGUUUUUGGAGCUACAAAACGGCGAGCCCCCCAAGCGCUUCUCCUUGCAAGAGUCGCCCUCCAAACGCUUCAGCACCGGCAGCGACUUUUCGGACAGGCACGGCGUUUACCAGCGGCAGUCGGACCCCAGCGCGGUUGCGGGUUAUUACCCCCCGCCUUACAACAGCAGCAGCAGCAGCAACGCCGGGAGCGGCAGCAACGCGGGCUUGAGCCCCCGGUCCUCUUACAGUCUCUACGAGUCGAUACUGACCAGCCCGCGCUCCAGCUUUGCCAGCACGGCCAGCGGCGGUGACGGGAACAACAGCCCCCGGACGAGCGUCAACUUCGAGAGCCGUUCAAGCAGCAACCGGACCAGCGGUAUCAGCAUGGGCUACGACUGCAGGUACGGCUUCGGGGGCUCAAGCGCUGAAUGCCCGCAGUCAAGUGCCGGCGCCGGUCUGCAACAACCGCAGCCGGGGUGUCCGUUAUUCCACAGCCCGCGUUCUAGCUUGGCAGCCGCGUCAGUUAAUUACUACACGCCAGACUGCUGGGGGGUGGACUUUGAGACCGAAGCCGCUUUCAGGUAUCAGCAACGGGGUCUGUAUCUUGGGGGAAGCCAGGAUAAUCGGCACUCGUACCCGCCCGCUCUCGGUAGCCCGGCUGCGGCAGGCUGUUUCGAAAGGGGCGCGACCCGUCGCUCCAUUACAGGCUACCCGCUGGAGCAAGCGCGCAACUCGGCUGGGACGCGUUACCAGCAAGAGUUGGCGUAUCUGCUGAGCAGAGACCGCCUUUUGGAGAGUCAGGCCGGCGCGGUUAAUGGAUCCGCGGCUCAAGAAACCCAGGCGCCCGCUUCUAUUCCAGCCUCAGUCGGUGGCGCGCUAGUCGGGGCUCACCACAGUGUCGUGACCCCUGCCGUCGCGCUGAGCCGCAAGCAUCAGGGCGCGCUUAUCCAUCAGGUCAGCUCCGCCCGGGUGAACCACACUCUCACCCGGCCCCAGGAACCACCGACGCGGGCACAGCCAGGACGGGAACCGGGGGAGUUGAAAGAGGAAUAUUUCGGCACAUGCAUGAAGUGUAAUAAGGGGGUCUACGGCUCAGACAACGCCUGUCAAGCUCUGGACAGUCUGUUUCACACGCGCUGUUUCAUCUGCAGCUCCUGCGGCAGGACACUCAGAGGGAAAGCAUUUUACAAUGUGAACGGGUCAGUCUAUUGCGAAGAGGACUACAUGUUUUCUGGUUUCCAGCAAGCUGCUGAAAAGUGCUGUGUUUGUGGGCAUCUCAUCCUGGAAAAAAUUUUACAGGCGCUGGGUAACAGUUAUCACCCAGGCUGCUUCCGCUGCGUUAUCUGCAACAAAGCCCUUGAUGGCAUUCCUUUCACUGUGGAUUAUUCCAACAAGGUGUACUGUGUCAGUGACUACCACAAGAUUUUUGCACCGAAAUGUUCCUCCUGUGGCCAGCCUAUUCUACCUGCAGAGGGCUCCGAGGAGAUAUUCAGAGUGGUCUCCAUGAACAAAGAUUACCACUCAGAGUGUUACCACUGCGAGGACUGUGGGUUGCAGCUCAGCGAUAAGGAAGGGCAGCAAUGCUUCCCAUUGGAGGGACACCUGCUGUGUCACUGCUGUCACAUGACGAGAGCCAGCGCGCAGCCACAAACGCCUUCCCUCAGCUACAAGCACUGAGGCCCAGGGGGUUCCACCCUACAUCCUGUGUGUGCCUGCUAUUCCAUCCCCCCCAGGAAACUAAACUACAGGGACAAAAACAGAAACCCAAUGUAAAACUCUGAGCUCUGUUUGUAAAACCUUUAAGAUAUAUACUGAGCAUCAAAAGAAAAGUAUCACUUGUAUUUGAGCUUCAAAAGAAACUUACCACUUCUAUUUGGAUCAAAUUCACUAGCUGUGAUCGAAAAAUGACAAACUCUGUGCUGAUCAGCAAUCGACGUCACGAAGAUGCUGCAGAAUGAUCUGUGGAUGUGGGGCAGGUGUUGUGACUCUUGGUCUCCCAGUUGGUGGCUCUGUCAUUGACAGAGUGUGUCUGGUUAUACCGUCUCGCCAGGUUUGAAAUCGCUGGUUGUGAGCUCCCAAGACGGCGAGCCACGGCACGCUGCCCUCGUCCAGCCUCCGACAUGCCGAUCGCACGAAGGCGCUGCUCUCUCGACAGACGUGGCAUAUUGUUUUGUUUUUUUCUGUGAUUUUCUUUAUUGCUUUUAUUCAAGCUUGCAGUUCAACAGCUGAAAUCACUCCAUAUCCAGCGUCCAAUCAACUGUCUCACUAAUUAGGUGAUUAAGUGCAUCUGCUUCAGUCAAGAGUGUCAUGGUCAAGGAUGAAAAGACAUUUCAUCAAUGCCCAACAUUUAUAUACCUUAUUUUUUUCGAAAAUAAAUGUGUUAUAAUAGUGAUGUUCGUUUCGAUGCUCGGUAUAUUAUAACCAAGUGCUGGGCCUGACAUUCAUGUUCAGAUAUUAUUGUGUGAUGAAAUACUGGCGAUAUUACAGUGAAAAAGAAUCACUGUCAACUAACUUUUGUGUCGAGUAGAACGGAUGCUAUCGAUUUCAGACCUCAUGCUUGCAGUGUUCCCUUUGAAUCUUUUUAAAUUCUGUUCAUGGAAACUAACAUCACCAUGGCUCAGUUUUUUUUUUUUUUUCUUUGCCUGGUUACGCAUAACGGGCCCCAGAGCUGCUUGCAACCCGAUCUGGUAAAAUGAUGAUGUCAUAAACGAUGACAUAAUUUCAUUCCAGUACAGCCUGCCCACCAGCCCCUCCCCAGUUCUGCUGUAGAUAUUUUUGCUGCAGGCCACAACGCUAGAGGUCUGAUUGAAGUGCAGUGCUGGGUUUGUUUUAUAGAAGCACUUCUUUACUGUGACCUGUGACACAGGAAGUAGUUCUCCCCCGGUGUUCAGUAUAUGGGGAGUGAAGGAGACGCUUCUUCACAGAGAGAGUGGUGCAGGAGAUGAAAUGGGUUACCCAAUCACGUUGUCAAUGCAGAAUCACUGAAAUUAUUAUUUAUUUAGCAGACACCUUUAUCCAAGGUGACUUAGAGACUAGGGUGUGUGAACUAUGCAUCAGCUGCAGAGUCACUUACAAUUACGUCUCACCUGAAAGACAGCACAAGGAGGUGAAGUGACUUGCUCAGGGUCACACAAUGAAUCAGUGGCUGAGGUGGGAUUUGAACCGGGGACCACACAGCCUCAUAAUAAUAAUAAUAAUAAUACCUGACUUAAAGUUCUGAGAUCAAGCAGCUGCACCAAACCCAACGGGCUGAACGACCUCCUCUCGCUCGUAGAUUUUCUUUAAGAGGUUGUUUUGCCAGAAAGGGGGAUGAGAAUGAAUUGUAAAGCCUGGCUCGUCUCCCGGUAACCCUGACUGAACACCCCAGAGUAAUUAUUUACAUUCCAGGAGACAUUCUCCGAGUUUGGCGACCAGGGAAGCGUUUCCUUCUUCUCCAGUAGCAGUGACUUUCAGUUACAAACAGGUGAACGUUGAAGAUAAAAGAAAUAAAAAUGUUGUUUGUUGUUACAAAGUUCCAGUUACUUUAUUCCACCAGUUUUAAAAUGUACCAAUAUUUAAAUAUCAAUGUAUAGACUACACUACUGCUUUUUGGCCUUGUUCCUGCAGUGUAAGAUCACUGGACUAGAAUUAUAUUAACUGCAGUUUGAAAUCACUGUACAAUAUUGCAUUGUAACUGCAGCCUAAGUUAGACUUUACUGUAGUAGAAUUGUUAAAAAAAAAAAUCAAAAUACAAGCACUGUAAAGACAGGAUUCCUGUUCCUCUGACAACGCGAGACCAGUUUGUUUAAAAACUUCUGCUUACUGUAUUUUUUUAACUAGCCAUUAUUUUGAACUUACUGUUAACGAAUGCAUUCCAUUUUUAUUAGUUAGAUUUUUUUAUUUUUUUUUGUCGUUCAGGUUUAUUACGUUGGUCUCAAGAUAAUAAUGGUUUUCAAGUCGUGUGUAUUCCAGUCCUGUUCUGUGUUUUGCUAUUAAAUAUUUAAAAAGUGGUUUAACUGA